UAAAUUACAAGACUGUUUGCAAACUUAAAUCAGAUGAAUUGACAUUAGGAUCAGAGGAGGGAGAAUCAAUAUUCAAUUUUAAUACUUGGUAUUAACAAAAUGAUUAAGUGAGAAAUCCUUUAUUUGGUAGUGCACUAUAGCCUUUAAUCACCACUACCCAAACCAAUGUAAAAAAAAAACAUAUUUCUUAUUUAUAUACUUAUCUUGUUUGUUUAAUGGGUUGAUUGAACCCUCACUAGGGUGAAUUUUAACCAUUAUUAGGAAAUGUUCAUUUUGUUAACAUUGUAUAAUACAAUACAACCAAACGCAACCUAAGGGUAGGCUUAGUAGCGUGGUGAGUUGUCCCAUUUAGUUCAUCGAGACAUCAAUAGACAAAUAAUACUUUUAUUGACACAUAUUAUUAAUUAAUGUUAUGAUUAGUACUAAAAAGUAAAAACUCGAUUCCUAAUCCUUUAACCUUCCUUUUUUAAAAAGCGUGACGCCGUGGCCUACUCGCCCCCCUUCCCUUUUGCAAUCAUGGGCCGUGUGUAGUAAACUAUUGCUGAUACCAACGACGUCGCUUUCAUCCCUAUUCUUAAUUGGGGUUAUCUUCAUAAAUAAUUUUGUUAAUCUUUUUUUCAUUUUGGGUUUAUAUAUUCAUUAAUUCGGUGCGCUUCCAAAUUCCAAGUCCAUCGUUACGGGAAGGUAUCAGAAUUCGUUGAAGGGCAACAGAAAACACUUGGGAACCAGUGCUCGAGCCCUGGUUGGGCCAGGUACCCAUGCUUCCACUUUAUUAUAAUAAUAAAAAAAACAGAAGUAGAGAAAAUGAAACAUGAUAAUAUGGGAUGCAAGAGAAUUCUACGUUCAUGGCGGGCGCCAAUUGUUGGAUUCGAGAAAGUCUCCAUGGUUAAUUACUGUAGGGCUUCGAUCUGAACUCCUUCAUCUUAUUUCCUCGGGAGUGGAAGAACUUCUGAGGAGGGGACAGCCCCCGGGAUUUACGCUCCGACGCUCAAAUUAGUGCGGUCCAGGAAUAGUAUAUGAGAAGUAGUGAGACAGGAUUUAGAGAGACCUUUUGAGAAAGUAAGGAAGAGAAGAAGAAGAUCCCUUUCCCUUGAUUUGGAGGCUUCAGCCCCCUUAUAUAGGAUUUUGUCCUCCUUGGCCAGGAACGUUCUGCGUGGGCUUGGACCUAAUAAUAGUCGUUUUGUCGUAUUAGACGGAUUAAUACUACACCCAACAAUUAUAAUACUACGUCUUUGGUGACGAGCUAUGUCUAGUGAGAUGUCUCAAUUGGCCGGUUUAGAAAUAGACCGAGUCAGUCAGAUAGGCUAUAGCUAGGAUCAAAUUCAAAUGUGGUUACCAACCAAACCCUCACAAACAUAGAGUCAUUUUCAGAUUUUUCUCUCUUCACAGUUUCAUACCACAUCUAGUAUAACUGUAUAAGUCUGGUAGAGAAGGAUAAUAGACAAUGAAGGCUAGAGAGAGAGAGAGAGAGAAAGGGGAGAAUGGUCAACUGGGUAGUUGCAGCAAUUAUGGGGAGAAAACUAAAAUAAAUUCAAUGAUCAUCAAAGAGUGCGAUGACUUUGAAAGUGUGGUGUUGGAUUUUUGGCACAACAGAACAUAACGUGGUUGUGGUUGUUGUUGUGGGGAAGGAUUUUACUUGUAGUGACACCUGCUGCCUGCUACCGGCAUCUGCAUGUAGAGCUGGUUAUUUGGUCCCGGACUGUUUAGUUUUACCCGAAAUCGGACCAAGACCGGACUAGGACUGGAUAGCAAACAAUGCAAUCUCAUAUUCGGGCUUAGAUUUGAGGUAAAAACUCGGAUAAAGAUCGGAUAAGAGACCCCGAACACCUAAAAUCAAGAUAAAAUUGGGACUGGACCGGGUCAAGACCGGACCGGAUCAAGACCGCACUGUAUCCAAUCCAAUCUUUGGUCCUUAUAUUCCUGAAAAGACCGGACUGGGACCGGAUCAAUUUGAUCCAAUUUAACCGGACCGGACCGUAUAGCCACCCCUAUCUGCAUGACAACAUGAGAAAACUUCAUUCUUUUCACAAUCACAAAAUUACCCGAAUGAUCAAGUACAUUUUUUGUGCGCAGUUUAGAGAUUCUCCCCUUAACCUCAACUCGUGAAACUCCAAGCCAAACUAAUAGAGAUACAUAAAGAUGACAAGCCCAAAAAGAUGGAACAAAGGCAGAAAAGCAAUGGCUGUUCCUAGCUAGAACAACACAAGAGCUGAGAAUAGCAAAGAAAUGGGACAAGAGAGGAUCAAAAGGAGGCCAAAGUUUGUAAAGAGGCCCUAUAUUCAUGUAAUUCCUUUCUUGAGCACUUUUUUUCACUUUGCUUUGGAGGAGAGGGGUUUUACUGUAUCCCAACUCGAAUAAGAUUCUUUCCCAAACUAAACCUUUAAGCAAACCCAUCAAAUUUUUACUUAAUUUGGCAUCAAAAUCUUGUAUCUUGAUGUGCAGCCAUUCAUCAUUCCAUUCCACCACCUUUUUGUUGUUGUUGGUGGUGGUGUUGCUUUACAUCUUUUUAUUGUUAGGGUGUUCCUCUUGUAAUGAUCGAUUUGAAUAUUGACAAAAGGUGGGUGGAAGGAACCAUUUGAAGUCCCUUCUUUUGGUUGAAUGGGAAGUCAAAUGUUAAGAAAACUAGCAAGUAUCUUGUUAAACGACUAAGAGCAUCUUGUUGUUCAAGAAAUGCUAGGACAUCUUGUCAUGAAUUUUUGAUCUAAUGGUAGAUCAAAGACUUGUCGUUAUCGAGUGAGAAGUUUGGUGUAGCAUAGCAUGGAGGAAAAAGUUAGAAAGAGGUGAAAACUUUUAUGCCAUUCAUUCUUUUAUGUAUGUAUGACCUGUUUUCUCGUGUUAUGGGACGAGCUCUCUUGUAUUACCUCAUGUUCUGCAAAGCUCUUACUUGAUGUAUAUCAGUAUUCGGUAUAUGCGAGUUGAGAUGUCUGACCUCAUUUGCCAUCUCAACCCACCUCAUUGAUAACCUCCACUACUCGAACGCGCAAUGUUGAAACAAGAAUUGAAGAAAAAUUUUCGUCCUUUAUUAUCUAUCUUUACAAUUUAUUGAAAAAUAUUGAAUGAAUAUUAUCAUUAUCUAUGGGAAAUAAAAAUGAAUUCAUUCAAAUAACUAAAAUUUUGCCUUUGCUACAAUUUGUUUUUCUAACCGGACAUGUUGAAAGAAAUGAUGUUUGGACACUUUAUAACCCAGCCCACUUAAACAAAAGUCCACUGGAUAUGGGCAUCAACUGUGCAUUAUUCCUUUCUAUCUUCCUGGGUAGUCUAAUCGAAGCCCAAAGCCCAAAGCCCAUAAUCGUGCGGUCGUUUUCUCCUCGUCGUUUUACUAUCGCCACUUUUUCUUGCCGUUUCUAUUUUCAGAUCCUGAUUUCCUAAUCCCAUUUCUAAUAACGGCAAAAGCAAAACCCACCUCCAACAAAUUGUUCUGGAGUCAACGACACUAAUUGAUGGUUUGGUCGUAAAAUGCUCGAAAAUAUGCUAGGUCCAAAGAUAAUUUUUGACGAAGUCAGAAUUUGAAGAAAUUGAUGUUUGAGGAUGACACAAUCAAUUUUCAAGAAAACCAUAAUCAUUGAGAAAGUAAAAACAUGACGACGAUACGAUAAUUUACGUGCAUAUCUCGAUCCCAAUUUCUCAAUUCAUUCCUCCCCCAAUUGAUUCACUGGCAAGUUUAAUCAGAAGUUAAAUAUUAAAUGAAAUGGUAAAGUAAAACAUAUACAUUAAAAAAAGAUGAAUUAACCAAUUAAUCAUCUUUGGUUAAUCAAACUUUUGCCCUUGCCCACGUGCAAAUCCCACUCGCAUUGUCGUCGUCCCCAAGAUAUCCCGGGAACCAAACGCGCGAAAUUACAAAAGCAGCCCUCACUCCACCCACGUGUCUCCCGCCGGCUGACGCGUGAAGACGCGAGAAACCGCCAAGCGAGUAGGCGAGAAAGAAAAAGAAAAAAAAAACCUCUGCUAAUUCAUCCUCCUCCCUCGCGACGACGGACCGGAAACCCUAACGGCGAUCCCCGACCACCCUACCCCUUCAUUCCUCCGUCCUUCUCCGGCAUUCCCCCUUCGUCCCCAAUCCGCCGGACUUUUCAUUUCUCCAGGUAUCUAAUCGCCGUAUUCCCCCAUCUUUUGAUUUCCUCAUUCCAUCUGUAACUCCGUCGGCGAACAAAUGGGUAUAGGAGAGCUUUCCCCGAGUAUAGAUUAGGUUGAAUCUCGCUUGCAAUUGGUUCUUCUCCGUUUGAAUUGAGUUAUUGGAGAGAUGAACUGAUUUCGCCCUGCGAAAAGAAAUGGAUCUUCGCGAAAGCGCCGCCGGCAGUGGAGCCUCCGAGCUGCGGGAGGACAUGGAAUUCGACUCGCACGACGAAGCGUACUCCUCCUACAAAGAGUACGCGAGGUCUGUAGGUUUCGGGACCGCGAAAUUGAGCAGCAGGAGGUCCAGGGCGUCAAAGGAAUUCAUCGACGCCAAAUUCUCCUGCAUCCGGUACGGCAGCAAGCAGCAGUCCGACGACGCGAUCAACCCACGGCCGUCUCCGAAGAUCGGCUGCAAGGCGAGCAUGCACGUGAAGAGGAGGCAGGACGGGAAAUGGUACAUUCACAGCUUUGUCAAAGAGCACAACCACGAGCUCUUGCCCGCUCAAGCUCACUUCUUCAGGAGCCAUAAAAACAGUGCCACCGCCACUUAUCCCCUCGACAACGGCAGCGAUUCUCGCGUUCGUAGGAAGAAGAAUGGCGGCAGCGGCUCUGGGUCCUCCAAAUUGUUUGGGGCGUAUCAGAAUUUGGACUGUCUCGAUGGCUACAUGAGGAGUCAGCACGAUAAAGGAAGGCGCUUGGUGUUAGAAUCAGGUGAUGCUCAGGUCUUGCUUGAGAUGUGUACUCGGUUGCAGGAAGAGAAUCCGAAGUUCUACUACGCUGUUGAUUUGAACGAGCAGCACCAGCUGAGGAACUUGUUCUGGGUCGACGCGAAGGGAAUGGAGGAUUUCAACAACUUUGGUGAUGUGGUGUGCUUGGACACCACGUAUUUCACGAACAAGUAUCGGAUACCUCUGGUUCUUUUCGUUGGAUCGAAUCAUCAUGUUCAGCCGACAUUGCUUGGGUGUGGGUUGAUCGCUGAUGAGACGGUCUAUACUUUCGUUUGGUUGCUGCAGACCUGGUCAGUGGCUAUGGGGGAUCGAGGUCCUCGAGUUAUGCUCACCGAUCAGAGUAAUGAGAUCAAGACUGCAGUUGCAGCAGUCUUUCCGAGAACUCAACAUUGCUUUUGUCUCUAUUACAUCCUGGAGAAGGUCCCCCGGCAGCUCGAGUAUUUCAGCCUGUGGAAUGAUGCCUUCACUGUGAAGUUUCAUAAGUGUGUUUUUAAAUCAUGGACAGAGGAGCAGUUCGAGAAGAGAUGGUGGAAAUUGGUCGACAAAUUCCAUGUCAGAGAGGUGGAAUGGUUUCAGUCAUUGUACGAAGAUCGGCGACUUUGGGUGCCUACUUUUUUUAGAGAUGUGACCUUUGGUAGUCUCUCUGCAUACUCACGAGCCGAGAGCUUGAACUCUAAAUUCGACAAGUAUGUGCAAGGAGACACGUCGGUGAAUGAGUUUGUAGAACAGUAUAAAGCGAUUCUGGAAGACAUGUACGAGGAAGAAGCCAAAGCAGAUUUUGAUGCGUGGCAUGAGGUCCCCGAGUUGAAAUCGCCAUCCCCAUUUGAGAAGCAGGUGCAUCUCAUCUAUACACAUGAGAUUUUCAAAAAGUUCCAGCUGGAGGUUUUGGGAGCAGCAGCUUGUCAUCUGAAGAAAGAGAGCGAGGAUGAGAGGACUACCACCACGGUGUAUGCUGUGAAGGAUUUUGAGGAUGAUCAGAAUUAUGUGGUGGAGUGGAAUGCUAAAGGAUCAGAGAUAUGUUGUUCGUGUCGUUCAUUCGAGUUUAAAGGUUUUCUGUGCAGGCAUGGUAUUGUAGUUCUUCAGAUGUCUGGUGUGUUCAGUAUCCCAUCAAAGUAUGUGUUGCAGAGGUGGACGAAUGCUGCUAGAAGUAGGAAGCCGGUUAGUGGGAAGUUGGAUGAAGUGCAGGAAAGGGUGAGAAGGUUCAAUGAUUUGUGUCGUAGAGCUAUAAUAUUGGGAGAAGAAGGGUCACUCUCCCAUGAGAGUUACAACAUUGCACUUUCUGCUAUUAGAGAGGGUUUGAAGCAAUGUGGGAGUGUGAAUCACUCUGGUGAAGAAGAGAAUGUAUCUGUCGAGAGAGAAUCUGAACCUCAGUUGGACAUUGUGAUAUCGAGCAACAAGGCUCCUCGAUUGUCAGAAACUGGAAAGGAGAAGGGAACCAAAGGAAAGCAGGUUGCUCAGUCGGGCGCUACUACAAGUGUCAGAACACUGGAAGCUUUCAAUCUAGUGGAAAUGUCCGAUCUUAAUCCUGGGCAAUCACAGAGCAUGGUUCCGAAGCAAGUCCAGGAUUCGGUUCCAAUGUUCUUCCAUACCUUGCCACCACCGCAGCUCGAUAGUGCGGCUCAUCUACAUCAGGCCGCUCGACUUCACCGUUGACUUUCUUCAACAGUCGAAGAGCAAGUAAACAACUUUUUUUGGGCAGAGUUGACCGCCAUGGGACUCCAUUUUGCAAGGUUGAGAAUUUAAGCUCGAGGCUCACGAUGUACAGUUCUUGCUCGAACGUGGGCUGUAGCCUGCAGGAUCUCGGGCUUACUCCGCGGCAUUUGAGGUCAGGUAGAUUAAGAUAAAGCUACCUCGUUUGAUAUCAACUAAUUGUACAUAUAUGCUAAUGUUGGCUGCGUAGAUCUCCUAGAGCUAAACAUACCGAGCACGAAACACCAGCAAUGAUGGAUUUGGGUCACUAUGGUGUUGCUGCGAGUCAAUGUAAGUCGAGGCUGGAGAAAGGACUGCUAUGAAGGGUGGUCAUAUCCGUCGUUUCGAGUCGAGUCGGUAUGGACUGGCUGAGCUUGAUCAGAAGGCUAUAUAGGCUUAUAGCUAGGUCGACAACUGCAUAUGCCGUGUGGGCGAACUGCUGCAGCCAAGAGGGGUAAGAGCAUGUAACAUGCACUGAGCCGACCAUCGUAUUAAGCCAAUUCAAUUGGGGGGAACAUGGCCCCUGGAAUCCUUCGCCUACAAAGGAUGGUCAUUGGUUACCCACUAGUUUCUCAAUCUGGUGACUGACUCACAUGUGUAUUUUUUUUUUUUUUGCCAAGUGUGCAGAAUCCAUUACCAUAUUUGGUGCAUGAUUUGUGGAGCGAGCCGAUCGAUGGAGAACCAAGGAAGGAAGGUGCUCACAAGAGAGAGAGAGAGAGAGACAGAGCAUGAAUGGAAGUCUGGUUAAAUCUCUCCAUGUUUAACGCCAUGUCUCACUCACUCUGCAUUAGGAAAAGAGCGAAAGCAGAGCAGGUUGCGGGAUCCUAGGAUUCUGGGUCUCCUCCUUCUCCAGGUUGACUUCGGAUUUCCUGUUGUUGACUCCCCCAGAUACUGCCUACUUUGUUUUAGAUAGGAUUUGUAGAUUCUUGCCUGGAAUCUAUUUUUUCCCCCUUCUUUUUUUGCAAAAAAUAUUGGCUAGUGGUUUGCGUUAUUCAAUUGAUGGUUGCUUAACUUACCAUAUUAUGCUCUCUCUCUGUCUCCUCCGAGUUACUGUGCUAAUUGUACAAUAGUUAGCACCAUCCUAAUCAAGGGAAAAACUACUACUAGUUUGAAUUAGUAGUGAUUUAGCUUAGAUGUUAUAUUGUUUUUAUAAUAAUCCGUUGUGAUUUCGUUAUUUUUAUUAGCGUUUUUUGCUAGUUAUCACGGUGCUAACCCCUAUAAGGGUUAGCACCUAAUCCCAUCCCCCUCCCCUUUGGUCUGCUCAAGGAAAUAUGAAGAGAUUAUGAGGCGGAAUUUCGUUUGGAUUAAACCGGGUAGCCACGAAAAAGACUCAUAUUGAAUGUGUUUAGUUAGUCUCUUGUGUUUCUUGCCAUUAUCAACCAAUCAUGGUCCAUGAAAUCGUAUCGGAGACCGUACCGGGAAAGUCGGCGGUAUGGUAUUUUAUGAUAAAACCGUGGUUUAAUUGUAGUUCAACUGUUAUACCGGUAAAUACCACAUAUCGGUUUAGCCUCCGAUACUGGUAUUUCGUGGUUGAACCGUCGGUACGAUACGGUUUCAUGGACACUGCAACCAAUAAGUGCAAAAUCUGUUACAAGCAAAAUUGAUAACAGAAGUUAUAUUAUUCGAUUUUGUCAAUCAACCAAAAAACAUUGAACUCGAAUUGAUAACCUUAGUAUGACCAGAAAUAGCCCUAUCCAACGGUCCUCUUGUUACUAUUCAAGAUGAACUUUGAACAUUGUUAAAUUUACAUAUUAAUUAAAUUCAUGAUGCGACUAAGUUACAAAUCAUCGUUGGUAUUUGACUCAAAUAGGAGAAAGAGGAAACAAUUUUAUCUCUAUUAUUAUCGGUUGAGGUGACGUGUUACCUCCCAUCAUUUAAUUGAUAAAAACCAAAAUGCUGGGAAAGAUCUUGUUGUUCCAUGGGGCCAGAUAUACAUAUCGCAGCACAUGAUGAGCCACAUGCUUGUUCCCAAUCAUGCAUGUUAUUAAAAAUGAGCUAAUUAAUCUCAAAAUUAAAACUAACUACCCAUAGUCUUCUUAACUAUGACGCAAAUCAACCCAAAAACCAGCUUUGUAUUAAUCAGUUGUAGGGCUGAAGCUUUGACCCUGAAAACCCCCGACCCGACCCUUAGGGUCGAGCCGGGUCAAUUUGAAUGAAGGGUCAAAAGAGGGCCGGGUCAUCACAGAACCCUGUAAGGGCCGGGUCUUGACCCUAAAUGACUCAUCCUGACCCUAAUAACCCAUCCUGACCCUAUCCCUGUGAAAAUUGACGAAGACAAAAUUUGGUAAAUAAGUAUUUUUUUUGUUGAAAUUUCGAAAUUAAUUUGGUAAAUAAUUAAUUUUUGGAAUUAAUUUGGUAAAUAAUUAUUUUCUGGAAUUAAUUUGGUAAAUAAAUAAAAUUUUGGAAUUAUUGUGGUGAUUAAUUAAUUUUCUGGAAUUAUUUUUGUGAUUGAAUAAUUUUUUGGAAUAAUUUUGGUGAUUAAUUAAUUUUAUGGAAUUAAUUUGGUAAAUAAAUAGUUUUAUGAAAUUAUUGUGUUUAUUAAUUAAUUUUUUGGAAUUAUUUUUUUGAUUGAAUAUUUUUUUAGAAUAAUUUUGGUGAUUAAUUAAUUUUCUGGAAUUAAUUUGAUAAAUAAAUAAUUUUUGAGAUUAAGUUUCUAAUUAAUUAAUUUUGAUGAUUAAUUAGAAUAUCUAUUAGGGUCGACCCACUGACCCAACCCUUUCCGAUCCGCCCCGACCCUAAAGGGUCAUACAGGAUCAAGAAUGAGACAGGAUCAGGGGCGGGUCAACCAAAAUUUCAGCCCUAAUCAGUUGGCAUCUGUUCCUGACAAAACUAUAAAUUAUUGCUCUAAUUAAGGUUUUAAUAACUUGACUUGCUGGCUGGCUGGCUGGCUGUAUCGAUCCUGCUGUUAAUGACUGUAUCUUUAGGCGCAGUCUCGAGCUGUCACUUGCAGCAGUAUAUUAUAAACUGUGUUAACCAGCUGCUUGAAUCUCGAUGUGGCAGUGUGAUCGAAAAUUUGUUAUGAUAAUAGAAGUUAGUUCCUGAUAAGACCAGAUCCAGAACCCAUGAAGACCACCUAAAAUAAAAGGAGACACAGAGAUUCAGACUUCUGAGAGGGACUUGCCAUCCACCAGCUCUUCUUGUCCAUUAGUACAAAUCUCAAAUCUCCCUAUAUCUCUUUCACAAGCGUUAGAUCUGGGUAGGAAUGGGGAAUGAUGUUGACAAGUUUAGCUCAAAAAUUCGUUCGUAACGAUCGGAUAGAUCAGAUAACUAAAAACCACGAAUAAUUAACAUUCAGAAAUAACAUUAAUAUUGAUCGAAUCAUGAUUCCUUUAAAGUCACAUAAAACACAUAUAUUUUAGAAGAAAGUAAGUACGUAUGAAAAACGGAUCGCAUUUUAACGAAACUAUUAUACAAACGAAUAAUGAUGAUCAUGAUGUAUACGGUGUGACAUCUUAACAACAUAGGAUUAUGAUUACACAACAUUAAAAAGGUUUUUAAGAAGGUGCAAAAAUAUGGGACCAAAACAGACCUUGGGCAGCUCCUCGCAGACGUGAAUUUAUAAGAUAUAUGGGGACUUGAAAGAACCACGUAGCCGCAUAAUGGCCUCCGCUCUUCAUCCGAUCCGAGUGAGAGUGAUUCGAUAGUUUAGUCUAAGUGUCUAACCCUUUGUUAUGUAUGAACUUGUAAAGUCUCUUUUCGUACCAUCCUAAUAUAUCAUCGUUAUCGUACCAUAAUGACAAAAGAAAAAUGAGUUAUUUAGUAUUAUUAUAUAUCAAAACUCGAACCACAUUUCAUAAGAAUAAAUAAAUAAAUAUAAGUCUUUUUUGUUGUUGUCAUAAGUAGUGGUAACGAAUAGUUAGAGAACAACAAAGCAAUUAAACGCGGCAGUCAAUACUAAUCGAUCUGCCGAUAAAAGAGCCAUUUUAGUAACUACUCUGUUAGUCCCUAGGAAUAAAGUGAAAAAUAAACACUAAAAGGAUGAAAAACGCCAGCCAAAUGGAUUGCUAACUAACUCCAAAGGUUCCCCCAAGUAUAAGCCACCGAGAACCGUGGAAGCCGAUCUUGAUGUUAAGGGACAAUCCAAGUACCACAUCGGUAAUACAAGUGAAGGAAUCCUUGUAUAUCAGUGUCCACCAAGCUCAUUAGUACGAGGCCUUUUCAGGUAGGACACCCAACCCAAGAGUAAAACCAUUCGGCCUUGGCCCAAAGUGGACAAUUUCGCGUACUAAUGAGCAGUCCGGUUAUGACAAGUGGUAUCAGAGCGCGGGACCAGUAAACCAAAACUUUGAACGAAGAAAAUAUGGAAUAGUGUACUGGACCAACCACCAGUCCACCACCUCAGUGGAUGUGAACGGCCAUGCACGUUCCAAUGUCGAACCGCCUCCUCCAUUGUUUGGUUGGUUGGUUCUUUCAAUUCCUUUGAGAUAUCCACAACGUACCAAACCCAACCCAUCUUUUUGUCAUCGUUCUUCGUUUUCAUGCAUGUCUAACUCUGCUCGAUCAACUGUUCCAAUCGGAUAACUAAGUCGAUAGUGUAACUAUAUCUUUCCUUCUCAUCACUACACCGUAUGCAAUAACAAGCAACCCCCUUUCAUUUUCCCCAUGUAUACGUGUUACAAUAGGAAGCGAAACUGUCAUGACGAGAACGAAUUGGAAUAAUCGACAAUUCAAGAAAAUAAAGAGCACACAAUACAUAUUUAUGCGAUCCGUUGACACUAUGCGUGUUAGUUAGUCCACGGGCAGCGAGAGAUAAUAAUCAGUUUCACUAUAC